CAACCAUACAUAACGCUAGGCAAAACUUCAGUUAAGCAGAUAAACAGCUCCCAAGCCCCACCUUUAGGUAAAUCUGAGCGAGCGCAGACGGGCGUGCCCUGAAAAGUCUAGGCCACGCCCACUUCAUCCCUCUGCUCGCUCGUUGGCGAACGGCGUCCUAGGGGUGUGUCCUAUCGUGCCUCAGUCCCUGACGCGCUUAUACAAGGGAAGGUUCGGAGCGCGCCAGUCUAGGAGAAGCCGGACAGCAGGGCCCAGCGUUGGGGUCCUAGCUGCUACCCCAGCAGAAGAUGAACGGGACGCAUAGCUGGUGUACAGUGGCGGAUGUGCACCCGGAGGGGCAGACCGCGGGCAGCGUGGACAUUCUCAGGCUGACUCUCCAGGGUGAACUGACAGGAGAUGAACUUGAACGCAUAGCCCAGAAGGCCGGCAGGAAGACCUAUGCCAUGGUGUCCGGCCGCUCAGCUGGUCAUUCUCUGGCCUCAGAACUGGUGGAGUCCAACGAUGGACAUGAAGAGAUCAUUAAGGUGUACUUGAAGGGGAAGUCCGGAGACAAGAUGAUCCAUGAGAAGAAUAUUAACCAGCUGAAGAGUGAGGUCCAGUAUAUCCAGGAGGCCAGGAACUGCCUGCAGAAGCUCCGGGAGGAUAUAAGUAGGAAGCUCGACGGAAAUCCAGGAGAUUCUCUCCAUCAACAGGAGAUACAGGUGGUGCUAGAAAAGCCAAAUGGCUUUAGUCAAGGUCCCCUGACUCCACAUAGCAGCCCACCCAAGGUGGACACCUAUAGAGAUGAAGAUGUCGAGAGCUUGAGGAGGACCGUGCAGGACUUGCUUGUCAAGCUGCAGGAGGCUGAGCGGCAGCACCAGUCAGACCGUGUGGAUUUUGAGGUCACACUCAGUCGGUACCAGAGAGAAGCAGAACAGAAUCGGGUGGCCCUUCAGAGAGCAGAGGACAGAGUGGAGCAGAAGGAGGCAGAAGUCGGGGAGCUGCAGAGAUGCUUUGUGGGAAUGGAGACGGAGCAUCAGGCCUUAUUGGCAAAGGUCAGGGAAGGGGAGACAGCUCUGGAGGAACUUCGGAGCAAGAAGGUUGACUGCCGAGCAGAACAAGAAAAAGCUGCUAACCUGGAAAAGGAAGUGGCUGGGUUGCGGGAGAAGAUCCACCACUUGGAUGACAUGCUUAAGAGCCAGCAGCGGAAAGUCCGGCAAAUGAUAGAGCAGCUCCAGAAUUCAAAAGCUGUGAUACAGUCAAAGGACACUGCCAUCCAGGAGCUCAAGGAGAAAAUUGCCUACCUGGAAGCCGAGAAUUUAGAGAUGCACGACCGGAUGGAACACCUGAUAGAGAAACAAGUCAGUCAUGGCAACUUCAGCACCCAGAACCGGACCAAGACUGAGAACCUGGGCAGCGCUUCCGACUCUCUUUUCAGCGUUAGGAUCUCCAAGCCCCCCAGCCUAAAGCCCAUGCCUCUCAUCCGAGUGGUGGAAACAUGAGCUGCAGGAGACAAGAUGCUGCUGUUGCUGGUGCCUCUGGCCUGAGGAGGAGCCCACCACCCCUGGAGGCUGCCGGCCCUGACUUUGACUUCCCGACUGCUCCCUUCAUGGUUCCGAACGCCCAUCCUCUACGCUGGGCGGACGGGGGAUGAGCUACCCCUCUGGACACUGCAGCCUCUGGAGGCCGGCGAUAUCCUGCCCGCAGGAGCCAGGGCAGUAGCCUUAUUCCCAUAGUUACUAUUUUUCUCUGUAGCAGAGCCUCCCUUCUGUUGUAGGCUGGAGUUUGUAGCCCGGGCCGGUUAUUCUGCCCCAGAAGCCAGGCCCUCCGCAGAUCGGGAGAGGUGACAAGAUCUGCCUCAGCCCUAGAGGCUGGAGGCACAGACGUCAGCAGUGAUUGGAGAGUGUCCCUGGGGCAUGAAGUUCCUUCCUUAAACACAGCUCAGUUCUUAGCAACGAACUGUUUGUUUUUCUAAUUGCUCCACCCUCACCCCAUGCUGACCCAGGCCUCCUGCAGACAGACAAUGGGGCUACCUGUCGGGGCCUGUGAACCUCAACUUUGACUGGACAGGCCUUGUCUUUUGGGGAGGGGGAAUGUCCUUCAGGGAGUAGCUCAUAGCAGAAAGGUUCUGUGAGGCCAUGGACAGUUACGGGCAACUUCUGUCUGCUGUGAAGACUCCCAGAAUCUCUUAGGGUUUCCCCCUAAGUUGCAGUGCAAGAUACACCUCAUUCUUCUCGACUCAGCGCCUAAAAACUGUUUUCACUGGGUUACAUCCAUCUCAGUGAAGAAACUCUCGUGGUAUUUAUUUUGCUAAGUUAUUGGUGUUUUUGCUUACAUCUCACAACUGAUUAAAUACCAGAGUUCAGAGUUCUACAGCCUUCUCUUGCAGUGUUUGGAUUUGCUCGACAGAGGGAAAAGAGUGUUCCCAGUGGACUUGUCGAUUUCAGAAUGAUGUCAUAGUCUUUUUCUCUCUUUCCUGCUGCUUUUCCCUUCCUCCUCCAAACCUCAGGAAGGCAAGUAUUGAUAUAUUCUCCCUGAAGCAUCGGGGUCUGAGUGUCUGUUGUUUGGGGGAAGAGAGCAAUCAGGAGGGAUUGAAUUCUUCCCUUAACCCCUCUGUACCCCUCUGCUCCACAGUCAGUUUGUUAUCCUGGCUCUGCGUGAACCUGCCACUCAUCGAGUUUCUUUAGGGCUCUUCCUGCAGCCUUAAGGAGGAGAUAAGCAUCAGAAUGUGGUACCGUAGGACACAGAAAAAUGAAGAAUAAACAUUAAGUCUUUAGGUUCUACUUGGCUCAAAACCAGAAGCCUUAAGUCUGCGGUUUCUGUGCAUCAGGGCUGAGCUCCCAUGCUGGCUUUGUCCAUCGUGUUCUGGUGUUCUGGUGUUCUUCACGCCAUUCCCAUUUGUGAAACGAGGGGGUUGGACCAGAUAAUCUCCAUGGGCCCUUCCAGUUCUGAUAUUCUUUCCUGUGGCAUGUUCUUUGUGUGGUGAAUUUAAUAAAUUAUGUUCAUGUGUC